AUGGGUCACAAACACUCCUCCCUUGUGGUUCCCCAUCAAUCUCGCGAACAGCGCGUCGGCGUUGACACCAACCACAAUCAUUCCGCUCCAGUAUCUCGUAUCAGUCUGAGAUGCCACAAAUCGCAGGCUUCACUGUUGAAAUCAAUAUCGUCGCAUGAUACACUUGUGUGCGAGAAACCUUUGGCGCCUCCUCAUGAUUAUCAUCCGAACAUCCCUCAUUUAUCCCCGAUACUGACAACAUACACGCCCUUGACACCCUCGAGCUCGCGACAAGAUGCUGAGGCACGCGCAUAUAGUGCAUUUCUCAAAUCGUUCCCAGAAUAUCAGAGCACCUGGAUACUUGACACCCUCCGAAGAACAGAUUUCGCCAGAUUAGAUCGAACCGGUGAAACAUAUGUGGAUUACAUGGGCGGGGCACAAUAUCCUGAGAGCCUUGUUCGCGUUCACGGCGCAUUCCUAACCGAAACCGUCAUGGGAAACACACAUUCGGUCAGUAAUAGCUCCAAGUUAUCAUCACGGUGCGCUGACGAGGCGCGAAAUGCGGUUCUUUCAUUCUUUCGAGCCCCGCCAGGAUACACCGUCGUGUUUACAGCAAAUGCAACAGCCGCAUUGAAGCUCGUUGGGGAAGCAUAUCCCUUCAAGUCCAAUAAUAGCUAUAUCCUCGGUGCCGACUCUCAUAAUAGCGUCCAUGGAAUCCGAGAGUAUGCUUCACGUCGCGGAGCUCAAGUACAUUACAUUCCAUCAACUAGUACUGGAGGUUUCGUUCUAUCUACUGCUAAGGAUAUUUUGAGUCAGCACAAACCACAAAACGCUACCUCGCUUUUUGCCCUAACGGGCCUUUCCAAUAUCACUAACACGAAAAAUCCACUCUCAAUCAUCGGAUUCGCAUCUUCACUUGGAUACCACACACUUCUUGAUGCUGCCGCGCUCGCACCGUCAUCUGUCAUCUCUCUUUCGGAAACCCCUGUUGAUGCUAUGGUUGUCAGCUUCUACAAAAUGUUUGGUUAUCCGACAGGCGUCGGAGCCCUCAUUGUCAAGGAGUCGUUUCUAAAGAUCUUGGAACGUCCAUGGUUCGCUGGGGGAACCGUUGAUGUCGUCCAGGUGCCAGGUUCGAUUUUUACUAGAACAAGUGUUCUUCAUGAACAGUUUGAAGAUGGAACCAUUAAUUUCAUGACGUUACCCGCGAUCACAGACGGUCUACGAUUUUUCUCUGUAUAUCUGCCAUUCCUCCCUCUCCGCCUCUCAUGUCUUACCCAUUACCUUGUCACCUCACUCUCUCGUCUAAGACAUGAUUCGACCGGAACCCCUGUCGUUAAUAUCCUAUCCAAGCUUCCUUCUAGGAGACUCAAGUUUGUCGGAGAACAGGGUGACAGCGGAUCUACAAUCUCUCUUAUCUUCCUCUCGGCAAGAGAGAUGAUCCCAAACAGCUUCAUUGAGCAUGUUGCAGUGUCCUUGAACAUUUCUCUUCGCACAGGUUGCAUGUGCAAUCCUGGGGGUGCAGCAUCGUUACUUGGGAUUCAAGAUCAGAUGGAGCGACUGUAUUUCAGCGUCACGCUCAAAGACUUUGAGCAAGUCGUCGGCCGCGAGCUCGGUGUUGUGCGGAUUAGUCUAGGACUCGCAAGCAAUUUCCAAGAUGUGUGGAAAAUUGUCAUAUUCGCGUCAUCCUUGGCAGAUAGCCAUACACGACAGGCACUCUGGGAUACUUGGACCAAUGCUCCUAUCGGACAGGCUAUGUAA